AGUUCACAUGUUUAGAUUUAAAACAGGAAAGGUUAAAAUUUCGCAAAAUGUGGGAAAUUAAAAUGUUUUAGAAUUCGUAGCUUUACAAAGAGUAAGAUGAGGUUUGGUUAAUUACUCCGUUGUGGUCUGAUUAGUAGGAAGGAUUACCUGCUCUACCUUUAGAGUGCACUGAAACCUCCGUUGGUUGGAAUUCCACAGAGUUUUAGUUUACUAGAACAAGACAACAAGGUCACAGCUUUCUCAGUUAAACCCAGUACUUGGAGUACACGGAAUCGAAGAGGGUUUCUCAGGGUAUGGAGAACCUUUCAAUUUUGAGAGAACAAAGACACUUGUAUUACUAGAUCCGGUAAAAUAGAACAAUUUCCGGUAGAAUGUGAAUAAGGUGUGAAACCUGUAAAGUUUAGCAAUCGAUUCACUAUCUGAUAAAUCAAACCUGUCAAACCUAUUGCAAUGAGGUAGCUAGAGCAGAGAGGGUUGAGGGUGGGGGAGAGGGAAAUGAUAAUGUCGGAUUCCAACCUCUCCGAUGAAGAAUUUGACUCGGAGUUUGAUCAGUCCGGAUAUUUUUCCUCUGGAGGAGAUUUCCUCUACCUUUUCAUCGAAACCUUGACCGGGACUAGUUUCGAGAUGAGAAUAUCUCCAGGAGAAACCGUGAUUGCUAUCAAAGCAAAGCUUCAGCAGCUUGAGGGUAUUCCAGUGAACCAGCAGCAUCUACUCUUUAAUAACCUGGAGCUACCGAAUAAUUCAACCCUGCAGGAUUGUGAUGUACCUGACGGAGCAACUUUAAAACUCGUCCUGGCCAUGCGCGGUGGACCCAUUAACACAAGAAGAAUAUCUCUUCCUGAAGAAACUGCUCGUGAAAUCCAGGACGCUGUGGAGAGAAACAAAGAAGACCUUCUAGGACAGAUCCCUGAAGGAGGACACGUUACUGUUCUUGUGUUCCGAGAAGGAGAUGAGAUCAAUCUCUACCAUGUGCUGGAGAGACCGGACGGAUCGUAUUCUCCACUCUCUGAUUCCUGGAGUGGAUCCUCAAUCCGAAACCUGUUUGCGGAGCAGGAUGAUCCUGAUGUACAACAGAGGAUCCAGGAGAAUGCGAACACAAUGAGUAAAAUGCAAGAUCUGAAAAAUAAAAUGGGAAGUUUAGGCGUAAAUAAAUCUCAGGUCCGGAGGAAAAUAUCUCAUGAUAAUCUUCUUCCUGAUAUAGAUUCUAUGAAUCUUCCUUCUAUCUCCGGAGAAAGAAACCUAUCCAGCAGGUGGGGUGGGAGCAGACAAGGUUCAGGACGAGAAACGGAGAUAACAACAAUAACAGAACUGGGUAGAAAACCCGCCAAAAAUACGGGACUUGGUCAAAAUAAUAAUAUUUUUCCAGAAAUGAAAUUUAGACAGGAACAGAGUAUUCAAUUCUCCGACACUCCUCCGGAGUCGAAGCGAGGUUCCCCGGCUACAUUUGUUUUUGGAAACCCUGUUCCACAACGUCAAUCCGUUCUUCAUCCAACCCAGGGAAGAAGAAGUAUUGCCAAACCUUCUUCCAGCAAAUCCUCCUCUAAACUUAUAUCCUUGGAUAUAAAGGAACUGAAUAGGAAUGAUGAGAAUGAGGGUUAUAAUCCGACCCGGAGACAAAACACAAGGGUUCCGACUACACGGAGUCGGAGACGUAGAGUUUCUGGAACCCAAGACGAAGAUUGUUAUGACUUAUUUGUGAAAGAUCAACCUGCCAGAGAACACAAUAGAUUACUAAACGCAUCUCAAUCGUCAAUAGAUCUCGGAGAAAGACUUAACAAAAGUUUAGUUGAAUCCGAGUUUAAACCAAGACGCAGGAGAGAGCGAAGCUCCAUGUCAGACCUUGAUAUUAAAACAGUUAUCGAUGAUCAAAGAAAUGGAAACCUCAGUGAUAAUUUCAAAGUGCCUUUGCCUGAUGAAGAAGUUGUAUGGGAUACUUCGACCCAACCUCAACCCUACAGUAUUAACAACCCCCUAGAGCAUUCAUACACAGCCAACCUUUCAAAUCUGAGAAACUCAUCUCCGGGUCCCAGAGGUAUGGGAAGAAGACUUCUUAAUAGUAGAAGAGGUAAACUCUCCCGUGCAGUAAACUCUGCGGCUAAAACUCCUCGAGUUUUAGCUUCCCCAAAAGGUUUUAAAUCCCCUCGAACUCCCCGCUCAGGAGAAAGCAAUAACCGAACCUUCCAAACCAGACCUCUAAGCGGACCAAAGAAGAAAAAAUCUUCUAAACCUCGGUGCAAGGUUUCAGAUUGCAGGAAGAAGUUAACUCUAACUUCUAGUUUCUCCUGUAGAUGUGAAGGACAGUUCUGUGCUCUCCAUAGGCACCCGGAGACACACGCCUGCACCUUUGAUUACAAGACUGAAGGACGAAGAGCUCUAGCUGCUAGUAACCCAAUGAUAACAAUACCUAAACUACCAAAAAUCUAACCACCUUAAUCCAAAUGAAAUA